GUCGUGUAAAGACAAGCACAAUUUCUUCGGCGCCGCUGUUCUUGUCCUGUUCGCAGUGUUCGCACAUUGACCGGUUGACUCACCGGUCGAGUUGACACUAGGUCACUGUGCCGAAAGCAUGGUCGAAAGCCUAAAUUUCGGAAGCCUGUAUCUCCAGAACAGAUUCAGAUAACAGGAUGAAUCGAAAGCGUGACUAUCUAAGUAAAACAAAUGAGAGACUGCGAAGCAGGAAUGAUUCUGAAAUUGCUGUUUAGUUUCAGUAUACUUACUCGACGCGAAACUUGAAACGAUAAACGAUACUCAUUAGAUAUCGUAAUGGGCGUCCGUUUCAGAGGUCCGCGAACUAUGGUAACCAUAAAUAAUAGGGCAUUUUCGGUGAAGGCAACAUGGGACCCAAACGUGGAAAGAAAUGUGUGGAGACUGGCAAGGACCGAGUGGAUCGCGAACAGCAAACGAAAAACCAGUUCGAUCCUCUUCGUCUAGAGGCAAAAUAUCCUGGAACUGCGAUACUGUUGCUUCAAUGCGAUGAGAAACCGAUCCUCUUAGCCGCGGCGGCCGCUUUGGCAAAGUUUGCCGGGAAAUCUGUGGAGAACUUAGAAGUUCUGUUCGAUUUGGACAUCGUAGACAGCGUGAUUCCAUUGAUCACGCACGAGGACUUGUUUACUCGAAGAUUCGCAACAAAACUGUUGGCUGAGAUGGUAGCGAUCCCCAAUGUCCGCAAUUUCUUAUUGGAUUCCGAUUAUUACAUCCCGCACUUCACCAGAGUCCUGAUCAACGAGGAAGACCUGUUCAUGCAAGAAUUCUCGUCAUUGAUCCUAUCGGUAAUCUCGAACGAUUUAUAUGGCGCGGCACAGUUGUUGAAGCAGUGCUCGGAUAUGAACUUCCUUUACGACAGAAUCCAAUCGCCGGAUCCAGACGUGAAGAAGAAUGCUUUGCAAAUAAUAUACAAUUUGUUACAAGAUCCUGUGGCUACCAAGAAAGUCAUCGAGGCUAAGAACUUCAACUUGGAGAUUGUAUACGCUCUUUACGGUUCACCGUAUCCGGAGAUCAAGAAACUCGCUCUGAACGUGGUGCGAGAUUUGGUUCGCAGAAACCAGGACGAUUAUGUGCAGGAGCACUUCCGGCGAACGAACGGUCUCCAGGCCCUAUUGGAGUUUUUAAACGUUAGACAUUCUGGUUUCUUUACCAGCUUUCGAAUGAGUAAAACACGUUCGUGUGUUGAUGCAGAACGUUGAAUACGAAGACGUUCAUACCGAUG